GUAUUAUGAAUUUGCAAUUAUGUCAUUGAUAUACAUUUACUCUAGUGUAUUAUCAAAGUUCUCUCUCUCCCUUCAAAACUAGGUCUGCGAAAAUACAAAACAUUCACUCUUGCAUUCACAGCGCUCUUCCAUUAACGGCGCUCAUCUAUUCACAGCGCAUAGUGAACGCGACGAACCGAGGGUUUUUGUGUGUCGUCAUGGCGAAGACGAAGGGUGGAUAUGGUGGAUCAUGUGGGAAUGCGUUGCAGAAGCAAGGGACUGCUUAAGAAAACAAAUUAUAAUUUGUCCCCUUUUAUGGAGAGGAGUGUGAGUACGACCAAACGUCUCAAUAAGAAAGAGAAGGCUUUGGCCCUAUUUGGGAUGUACAACCAGAAAGAGGACAAUGUCAAAGUGAUGUUCCAGUAUGAUAAUACAAUUCUGCAACGAAUGCACAUGGCAACACUCUGCAGGGAUAAUGUUGUAAGUCCUGAAGUCAUUACCGCGUGGGUGAUAUGCUUGAAUAUGAAUGAGGAGUUCAGGUCGGAUGCAUCGCCAACACGAUUCUUUGCCUCGGUUGAAAUUUGCUCGGAGUCUAUUGUUCAACCGCCAAGUACUUGGACAUACAAUAGACGUCGGGAUAUAUUUUUUAGGCUUCUAUCUAAUGAACUAUCAGGGCUUCAACAGAUGGCUGUUUCAGGCAUAGAUUUGUUCUGCUUCCCUGUGUAUAGAAUAAUGAAUUUUUUCAUGGUAUGCGUCGACAUAAGGAAAGAGAAGGCGUAUGUUUUAGACAGUCGGAAUGAGACCCAAGUACAGUGCCGAGAUGAAAAAUAUUUGUCAACGGUCAACGACGUGAAACAAAUGCUUGGAGACUACAUGGGACAUUUAGGUCAUGUGCACAAGAGCAACUCGCCGAAGCUAAAGAAGCAACUAAACCUCUUACGUGCGAGGUACUGUGCAGUGCUUCUUGGAUGGGAGAAAAAUAUUGCCAAAGAUGCGGUUGCGGUUGGAGCUAAUGCGUACUAUGACGAGGUCUUCAAUAACCCCGCAUUAGACAUUGAUGCUACUUUGCUAGGAUGA